AAAUAUUAUUUUUAUUGCAGAUAAAUGUGGCGAUACUAUAAAAAUUGAAAGCCCCGGCUACCUGACAUCUCCUGGUUAUCCUAAUUCUUACCACCCAAGUGAAAAGUGUGAAUGGCUGAUUCAGGCUCCGGACCCAUAUCAGAGAAUUAUGAUCAACUUCAACCCUCACUUUGAUCUGGAGGACAGGGACUGCAAGUAUGACUACGUGGAGGUCAUCGACGGAGAAAAUGAAAAUGGGCGUUUAUGGGGAAAGUUCUGUGGAAAGAUUGCCCCUUCGCCUGUCGUGUCUUCAGGGCCGUUUCUCUUCAUCAAAUUUGUCUCUGACUAUGAGACCCACGGUGCGGGAUUUUCCAUACGUUAUGAGAUUUUCAAGAGAGGUCCUGAAUGUUCCCAGAACUACACAGCGCCCAGUGGGGUGAUAAAGUCUCCUGGCUUCCCUGAAAAAUAUCCCAACAGCCUUGAAUGCACCUAUAUCAUCUUUGCACCCAAGAUGUCGGAGAUUAUCCUGGAAUUUGAAAGCUUUGACCUGGAGCCUGACUCGAACCCUCCCGGGGGGAUGAUCUGUCGCUACGACCGACUAGAAAUCUGGGAUGGGUUCCCCAAUGUGGGUCCCCACAUCGGGCAUUACUGUGGGCAGAAAACCCCAGGUCGCAUCCGCGCCUCCUCCGGCAUCCUGUCCAUGGUCUUCUACACGGACAGCGCCAUCGCCAAGGAGGGCUUCUCGGCAAACUACAGCGUCUUGCAGAGCAGCAUUUCGGAAGACUUCAAGUGUAUGGAAGCACUGGGCAUGGAGUCAGGAGAGAUCCACUCCGACCAGAUCACGGCCUCUUCCCAAUACAGCACCAACUGGUCUGCAGAGCGCUCCCGCCUCCACUACCCUGAGAAUGGGUGGACUCCUGGCGAGGACUCCUACCGAGAGUGGAUCCAGGUGGACCUGGGUCUUCUUCGGUUUGUCACCGCUGUCGGGACACAGGGAGCCAUUUCAAAGGAAACCAAGAAGAAGUACUACGUCAAGACUUACAGAAUUGAAAUCAGCUCCAACGGAGAAGACUGGGUCACCAUCAAGGAAGGGAAUAAACCCCUCAUCUUUCAGGGAAACACCAACCCCACCGACGUCGUGUUUGGAGUGUUCCCCAAACCACUGAUAACUCGAUUUGUCCGAAUCAAACCUAUGACCUGGGAAACUGGUAUAUCUCUGAGAUUUGAAGUCUACGGGUGCAAGAUAACAGACUAUCCUUGCUCUGGAAUGCUGGGGAUGGUGUCCGGACUUAUUUCCGACUCCCAGAUCACAGCAUCCAACCAAGGGGAAAGGAACUGGAUGCCUGAAAACAUCCGCCUGGUGACCAGUCGCUCGGGCUGGGCGCUGCCCCCGGCCCCUCACCCGUACGUGAACGAGUGGCUCCAGGUGGACCUGGGGGAGGAGAAGAUCGUGCGGGGCGUCAUCAUCCAGGGCGGUAAGCACCGAGAGAACAAGGUGUUCAUGCGGAAGUUCAAGAUCGGAUACAGCAACAACGGCUCAGACUGGAAGAUGCUGAUGGACGAGGGCCGGCACAAGCCCAAGUCAUUUGAGGGAAACAACAACUACGACACGCCCGAGCUGCGGACGUUCCCGCCACUCUCCACGCGGUUCGUCAGGAUCUACCCGGAGAGAGCCACCCACGGUGGGCUCGGGCUCAGGAUGGAGCUGCUGGGCUGCGAGCUGGAAGCGCCUACAGCUGGACCGACCACCCCCAAUGGGAACCUGGUGGACGAAUGUGAUGACGACCAGACCAGCUGCCACAGUGGAACAGGUGAUGACUUCCAGCUCACAGGUGGUACCACUGUGCUGACCACAGAAAAGCCAACCAUGAUAGACAGCACCCUACAGCCAGAGUUUCCAACGUACGGUUUUAACUGUGAGUUUGGCUGGGGCUCCCACAAGACGUUCUGUCACUGGGAGCACGACAACCACGUGCAGCUCAAAUGGAGCGUGUUGACCAGCAAGACGGGGCCGAUUCAGGAUCACACAGCAGGAGAUGGGAACUUCCUGUACUCCCAAGCCGACGAGAACCAGAAGGGCAAAGUGGCUCGCCUGGUGAGCCCAGUCGUGUAUUCCCAGAACUCCGCCCACUGCAUGACCUUCUGGUACCACAUGUCCGGCUCACACGUGGGCACGCUGCGGGUCAAACUGCGCUACCAGAAGCCGGAGGAGUACGACCAGUUGGUCUGGAUGGCCAUCGGGCACCAAGGGGACCACUGGAAAGAGGGGCGCGUCCUGCUGCACAAGUCUCUGAAACUUUACCAGGUGAUUUUUGAGGGUGAAAUCGGGAAAGGGAGCCUUGGCGGGAUCGCGGUGGAUGACAUAAGGAUUAACAACCACAUCCCUCAGGAGGACUGCACAAAACCGGAAGACCUGGAUAAAAAGAACCCAGAAAAUAAAAUGGACGAAACAGGGAGCACCCAGGGCUAUGAAGGCGUGGGAGAAGGUGAGGAGAAGAUCUCCAGGAAGCCAGGCAGCGUGUUGAAGACCCUGGACCCCAUCCUCAUCACCAUCAUCGCCAUGAGUGCCCUGGGUGUCCUCCUGGGCGCCGUGUGUGGGGUUGUGCUGUACUGCGCCUGCUGGCACAACGGGAUGUCGGAGAGAAACUUGUCCGCCCUGGAGAACUAUAACUUUGAACUCGUGGACGGCGUGAAGUUGAAAAAAGACAAACUGAAUUCACAGAGCACGUACUCGGAGGCGUAAGGGCAGAGGGAGGUGACAAGGUGCGUGGGGAGCGGAGGACGAGCUGGGGCAUGCGGGGCGGCUGGUCUCUCACUGCUCAGGCUGGGAAGCGCGUUGAUGACGCCAAGCCAGAUUUUCUCAGGAGCUGCAAUGCGUUUGGCUGACAGACAUGAACGACUUCGCCGUGUUCACAAUCGGAAUCAUGACCAGUCAGCCUCUUUCUGUGGGUUUCAUUUGAAUAAUCAAAUGCUGGUGUGGAGACCAAGGAUGAUGGACUUAAUCGUUCAUUUUUGACUCCCCCUCCCCCUUUUCCCUUCUCUCUCCUCUUCUGGAUUCUUCUCGGAAACUGUGCAAAAUCCAAGAUGCUGGCACCAAGUGUAUUCAGUGGGGCCCUUUGGAUGGACAUGCUACCCGUAGCCCAGUGCCCAGAGUGUAUCCGAAAAAGCGCAUUUCAGUGCAUCCUGAAAUUGUCCUUGUGUGGAAGUGCCCGCGUCGUGCGCAAGCCGAGGAGGAGUGCGAUGUCUUCUUUCCUAGUGCCGCAGCCUCAGCACGCAGUGUACAGCGUGUCAGCUCUGUCUACGAAGCAAUACCGUCGGGUUUCCUCCUCAUUCUCCAGUGUUGUCUGGAACCUCGUGCUGUGAACUCCGUGCAGAAAACUGUGCUGUCACCAAACACCGCUGGCAACUGGGUGUGAUGCCAACGACCCCCAAUGAAAAGCCCUUGGCACUGGCUAGUCUGCGUCCUCUCAAGUGCCUUUUCGUUUGUGCCGCUUCUCAUUGUGUUCCAUGAACCCGCCCUGUCUCCCACUGUUGAAAGCCCUCCCCUUUCAUCAAACCCUGGCGGCCCCCUGACUGAGAAGAAAGUAUAUUUUAGUGUCAGAUGCCAGCCUCCGGGAAGGCAAGGGCUCCGAAGAUUUGGCAACGUGGCUUACUUGUUCUGGCUUUUUCCGUAGUUCAAUUUCUUGUCUCUUGACCCUUUUGUAUAAAGCUGCAAUAUUCUCUCUUACUGUUCUUUCAUAUGGAAUGUAUUUUCAAAUGUAAUCUCACUCUCUCCCUCCCCUCUCUCUCUCUCUCUCUCUCUGUAUUUUUUCUCUCUUAGGAUUUAAGCAUUUGCCAUUAUCCAGAAAAGAAACUUGCAGCUUUAACCUGCUGGGAAUGGCAAACAAUUUUACUAGACUUUAUGUUUGAAAAUAAAUAAGGGAAAUGCCUAACUUUGCCCUCCAAAGUCUAACUUUGGUUUUCUCGUUAACUGGUUAAAGCAGCAGUAUCUUUUUUCCUUAAGCCAUCUGUCGGUCUAUUUCAAUCAAAAUGAUCUUUGAUAGGAAUGUCUGCAUUUAAUAGAAAGUGAUACACUGAAGGAAGAAAUAAUACUAAUUGGCUCUCAAGUGAGACCUAAAGGAAUAAAAUUCUCCCCAAAUCCAAAAAUAUGAGAUUUUUCCAUCCAAAUACACAAAAGUGACCCAUGAGAAUCUUCUUGUUUUGAUAUUGAGUCAGACAAGGGAAGUGGAAGAAAGAACAGUUAAUUUAAGAAUGCAACUAUAAAUCCUGGUGCCUGGGAAUGAAUUAUUUUAAGAUAAGAGAGGGGAAGAAAAUGAGUAAAGUCAAAAUGAUGUUUUUAAAAAUCCAUUCAACAGCAUCCCUGAAAAAAACAUUGACUUGAACGAGUGCGUCUAGAAACUUCCAACGGCUGACAAAGAAAAAGCCUGCCUUGGGGCUGGCAAGACCUCAGCCUCCAACGGCACCCACCGAGAAGUAAAUAUCUUAUCAGGCAGCAUUGAAUUCACCCAAAGAAGUGCUGGUCGUUUUCCAUGCAUUUGUGUCCUGCUGUGUUGUAUGUAAGAGCUCAGCUCUUCCUGCCUUCCUGCACAGCAAUAGGACUCAGUCAGAUAAGUUAGUGGGAGUCCCAUUUGCAUCAUGGAGGGAAAGUCCAUUCAUCCUGGUUUAAUUGGAUUGAGAAUGCCUUUUGUUUCCAGGAAAGUAUUGAUCGCUAUGAAAGAAUAGAGUCUCAUCCCAGAGGCAUCCAUUCAGCCGUUAUAAUCAUACCAAGACAAAAGUAAGACUUGAUUUUUUUUUUAAGGCCACAGACCUAAAGUUGUCCUCAGCCAAGGAAAAAUGAUACUGCAACUUUAAAUUUUAAAGUAUCUUGCACUGAUAAAUAUAUUUAAAAAUUAUAUGUUUAUAAAGUUAUUAAUUUGUAAAGGCAGUGUUACAAAAUGUUCAGUUUAUAUUGUUUUAGAUUGUUUCGUAAUUUUAAAAGGUGUAAAAUAACAUAUUUUUUCUUUAUUGAAAUCUAUAAAACUUUCUGUAGUAAAAUGUUUUCAUUUUACUGUUAUAUUAUUGCUUCAUGUUUUGUACCAUCAUAAAAUUUUGUGCAAAUUUUUUUUACAGAAAUUUUUAUUUUCUAUGACGAUACGACACUUGUAAAUUGUUGUUUCAAAAUGAACAGCGAAGCCUUAACUUUAAAUGACAUUUGUAUUCUCAGACACUGAGUUGCAUUAAAAAAAAAACACAUAGAACUGAACUGUAACUUAAAUUCCAAACUAUGACUACUACAUUCCAAAGAAACAGUUGAAUUAAACAUUUUCAUAAAAUAUC